CAGAAACGCCCUCACCUACCUCAAACGCAUAAAUGCAAUAUAAGUCAUUUGGAAACUAGCGCUCAUUGAGAUUGCAUUGAAGUAGCCUAAGCAUCAAAUCAUCUUCGAGUGAUCUUUUUAACCACUUCAGAUAUGGACGAAAUGAUUCUAGAGGAAGGCAACCAGAAGAAAACUCAGAGAUUAUGUUGUGGUAUCUCCCUGCAGUCAAUUUUCAACUUCAUUGUUGUUGUUGGACUGCUUUUGUUGUGUUCGUCUGUAAUUUUCAAGUUCCAACAAAUCGAUAACAAGCUGAAAGGACUUCCGACGCUAGGUCACGAGACAAGCAAACCUGAAGCAUCGUCGCUGACAGAUGAUAAGCCUAGCUGUGAAAUUCAGUGUGAAAGGGGGCCGAUUGGAAUGACAGGUGAAAGGGGACCCAUUGGAAAGACAGGUGAACAGGGAGUACAAGGACGGCCAGGUCGACCUGGCCCACCUGGACCAAAAUAUGUACCAG